AUGACCAACAUCGUGUGCCUCGUGGGCACAAUAGUAAUCAUUUGCUUUAUUGAGCUGAUUGUUUCGCGUGACGUGUACGAUCACCUUGAACAUAGUAUACGUCGCGGUCACCGAGGACUACAUCAACUGCAGCAGGAACAGCAGCGGCAGCGGCAGGAGCAAGAACAGCACCAUCAGUACAACAGUGUUAAUCACAACCACAAUGGCAUUAGCAAUUAUAAGCAAUCCUACUGUGGUCGGCAGGUAAAAUUCUACGAAAAAACGUCACAUCAUGCAAAACACGGCGGUAGCCAUCAUCAGCCACGUGCAGAAACGAUCACAAUGAAGCACAAACGGCAUUAUGGCAGUCAUCAGCACCAGCGCAGUAACGCAUCCUUGUCAGCGAUCAAGCUGCAAUACCCAUCCUGGAUGGAUCCUUCCUCAGUUGACGCACGAGAGGGCCACGACCAAACGAUGCUGAUGAUGCAGGACGACGAAGAUCAUGGUAAUUUUGGAGGUGCAGCAGCGGGUCUGAAGCAGUCCAAGCACGGCAUUUCGGUGUGGCCUGUCAAGCGCGAAGCUGUCGUUGAGGGUGACCUCAUACUCGGAGGUCUUAUGAUGGUGCACUCGCGCGAGGACUCGGUGACAUGUGGACCGAUAAUGCCCCAGGGUGGUAUACAAGCGCUUGAAACCAUGCUGUACACACUCGACAAGAUCAACGAACAGGGGCUGGUACCAAACGUGACGAUCGGUGCUCACAUCCUGGAUGACUGCGACAAGGAUACGUACGGGCUGGAGAUGGCAGUCGAUUUUAUUAAGGGCUCGAUUAGCAAUAUUGACGACAUUAACGAUUAUGACAACUGUAGCAAGGGGCACAAGAAGAAAAUUAUUUCCGGAGUUGUCGGAGCCGCCUCGUCCGUUACUUCAAUACAGGUAGCCAACUUGCUGCGAUUAUUUAAAAUACCUCAGGUUUCCUUUUUUUCAACAAGUCCAGAGCUGAGCAAUAAACAACGAUUCGAAUAUUUUUCUCGAACAAUUCCAUCGGAUCACUACCAAGUUAAGGCAAUAGUUGACAUUGUACAGAAGCUAGGUUGGAGUUACAUUUCCAUUAUUUACGAAGAAAGUAACUAUGGAAUUAAGGCUUUUGAGGAGUUGGACGAUCUUUUGUCAAAGCACAACAUUUGCAUAGCAGUUAAGGAGAAAUUGGUAAAAGAUUCCGGAGUUGCAGAUACGAUAGCGUAUGAUAAUAUAGUACUCAAAUUGUUGACCAAGCCACGCGCCAAAGGUGUUGUUAUAUUUGGCUCAGAUCAAGAAGUGGCCGAAGUUAUGAAAGCAGUCCGUCGACAAAACGUUACAGGGUUAUUUUCGUGGAUCGGAUCGGAUGGUUGGAGCGCUCGUAAUUUAGUAUCGGACGGAAAUGAAGCCGAAGUAGAGGGUACACUCUCUGUUCAGCCCCAAGCGAACCCAGUCAUUGGAUUCGAAGACUAUUUCCUCAACUUGACUGUUGUUAAUAAUAAGCGCAAUCCUUGGUUUGUAGAAUUUUGGGAAGAUAACUUCCAAUGUAAAUAUCCACAUUCACCGUAUACUCCAUAUAAUAAGGACUACAAAAAUGUGUGUUCCACGACGGAAAAGCUCUCUAAAGGAGAUUUAGAUUUCGAAGAUCAGCUACAGUUUGUGAGCGAUGCGGUGAUGGCAUUCGGAUAUGCAUUCAAAAAUAUGCACCAGGAGCUGUGUGAUGGUAAGCCAGGACUUUGCGACGCGAUGAAUCCUACAAAAGGCUCGGAGCUACUGAAAUAUCUCCGAAAGGCCGAUUUUAUUGGGCUCAGCGGUGAUAGAUUCAACUUUGAUGUAAACGGCGAUGGCCCUGCUCGGUACAACAUCAUCCACUUUAAGCAGGUUGCACCUGAACGCUACAAAUGGAUCAAAGUAGGCGAAUACUACCAGGGUGAAUUGCGGUUGAACAUGCAAGACAUACAAUUCCGUACUAAGGAUUCCAUGCCCCCAGAGUCCGUGUGUAGCAGACCUUGUGAACGGGGUCAAGCGAAAAAGUACGUCGAAGGAGAAGGAUGUUGCUGGCAUUGCUUUAAUUGCACACAGUACCAGAUUCAAAGCCCAAAUGAUGAAACACACUGCGUAAACUGUCCCAGAGGAACCCUUCCCGAUAUUCAUCAUGAAGAAUGUCAACAGAUUCCCGAGUCGUAUCUGAGACCGGAAUCUUUUUAUGCAAUCGGUGCUAUGACAUUCAGUUCAUUUGGUAUUCUCAGCACAUUUUUCGUUAUUGGAGUGUUUCUGAAGCACAACGAUACACCCAUCGUUAGGGCGUCCGGACGAGAAUUGAGUUAUGUACUACUUAGUGGUAUAUUGCUGUGCUUUGGUGUAACGUACACACUGGUCAUUAAACCAAAUGAUAUUGUCUGUGGAGUUCAAAGAUUCUGGUCAGGCUUUUCGUUCACCGUCGUCUACGCAGCAUUACUAACCAAAACUAAUCGUAUUGCACGCAUCUUUAAUGCGAGCACUAAAUCAGCGAAACGUCCGUCUUUCAUAAGUCCGCAUUCCCAGCUAGUCAUUUGCGGAAUACUAGUAUCUUUUCAGAUUUUGAUCAAUGCGGUGUGGAUGAUAGUAUCUCCUGCGCACGCAAUGCAUUACUAUCCCACGCGGGAAGAUAACCUGCUGGUUUGCAACUCCUACACCGACGCAUCCUACAUGAUUGCGUUCUUUUAUCCUAUUUUCUUAAUAGUUAUUUGCACCGUAUACGCCGUGCUUACACGGAAAACACCAGAAGCUUUCAAUGAGUCAAAAUAUAUUGGUUUUACAAUGUAUACAACUUGCGUUAUUUGGCUCGCAUUUAUACCGCUGUACUUUGGUACAGCAAAUAACGUUCAACUUAGAAUAUUUACCAUGUCCAUGACAAUUAGUCUAUCGGCCACCGUAACGUUAGUAUGCUUAUUUUCCCCAAAGCUUUACAUCAUAUUGAUUCGUCCGGAACGAAACAUACGACAAAGCAUGAUGCCCAUCCGAUAUAGCACAAUAAACAAAACUACCGGCUCGGCCCAAUCGUCGGUCAUGGCGGCAGUGAUAGUAACGGCGGCAACGUGCAACGAAAACGAAAAGGUCAUCAAGAACGCAUCGAACGAAAACAUCCCCGCAGCGUACUGAUGUACAAACAAGGUAAAGCUUAAAAGGAUAGAAAGCUCUUCGAAACCACACAUAAAACAAUAGCUAAAAACUCAUCAUGAGCUCCUAUGGUGGCCGCUACUAGAGUCAGUUUUUAAUGACCAAUUAAUUGUGCGAUCGGAGAAGGUUCGUUUUAUUUUCUAGUCAUGUUUGGAACUUAGUUCGCAUUGCGUGUUACAUGAGAACAUUA